AUGAGGAGCAUGGUUAUCUCUCUCGUGUGUGUGGCGGUUCUGUUGGUGGGUCCAGCGUGUGCCAGAGUCCUGCUGCAGAAGGCACAUGACGAUGAUGAACAUCUCGAGAAGCGCUAUGUAUGGGCCGCAGUUCCACUGUAUUAUGGAGCUCGCUGGGCGCUUGGGCGUCUGGCUGCAGCAGGGGCAAGAGCAGCAGCAGGAGCAGCAGCCGCAUACUUGGCUAGCAGACGUCACAGCAAAGCAUGCUACAACAACGGUGGUUGGUGCCGAUCGUCCUGCUUUUCACACGAGAGAAUUCUGGCUGGCUGGGGGUCCUUCUGUGGCGGCGGAUAUCAGUGCUGUGUCGGUAGAUAGAAGGCGGAACUAACACUUCCAGUCAAAGCAGUCUGAAUAGUGAUCGCAAGAAGACCAACAAUAAAACUACAGUUAAC